AUGCUAGAGAGUAGGGAGGAGGCAACCCUUCGGAAGAAGGUCGCGGGUGUUAACCCCAACGCGUACACUUACAACUCCGCCAUCCGAGCCUGCGGGAAGGAGGGGCGGUGGGCGGAGGCGGUGGCCGUGUUCAGGCGGAUGGCCAAGAGAGGAGUUGCCCCUGACGAGGUAAGCUUCUUGGCGGCGAUCGAAGCUUGCGGUAAGGGGAAGGAGUGGGCUCUCGCCGUGGCCCUGCUGAGAGAGAUGUCCACGACCCCGACCGGGCCGCGAGAUGGGGAGGGGCCGCCGCGGGUGACGGGGGGGGGGGAAGGGGAACGACGCGGCUGCGAGGAUGGUGCCCGUUCGACCGCCGCCGUCGCCGCUGACCAAGAGGCAGGGGACGGCGGCGGCGGGGACGAGAAACGAAAGGCAGCGUCGUUAACCUCGGCGCACGAGCCGGUCGUGGCCGACGUGCUCCUUUACAACGCCGCCAUCGCGGCGUGCGGGCAGGCCGGGCAGUGGCGGCAAGCCGUCCGGCUCUUGUCGGAGAUCUCGGAGAUGGGCCUGUUCCCCUCGGUGAAGGCGGUCUCCCUGCUGGAAGAGAUGCGCGCGGUGGGUCUGACGCCGGUGUCUAGCACGUACCUGCCCGCGAUUGACGCGUGCUACCGGGCGGGCCAGGGCAAGGUCGGGUACGCACUGACGAAGCAGAGGGACGCGGCGCAGCGGAGAAUGAGGCGGCACCCAGACUUCGCGUCGACAAGGAGGAGCCAGCAGCGCAAGUUGUUGCAGCCGUACGAGAAGUAGGUGGUCUGUGGAAAUGUUUUUUAUUUCUCGACACUGCAAGAGGGAAUCCCGACUUGGUGUGGUUGCGGUGGAGGUCGCCUUUGGUGGAGCGCGGGGUCGCGUGUUGCUUUCGUGCGUGAUGGAUGGCAGACGCGGUGUGAUUUUUUUUUUUGCUUAUUCCGAGCUCUCGACUUAGGUUCCAGACAGGGGGGGGUACGGCGCGUGGGGUCUUCGGUGUGCCAGGUAUGGGUUAGUACUUCGGGUGUGCGGGGCAGAACAGAGAGAAAGAGCGAGAUUUAGGCGAGAGAGAAAGAGAGGGAGAGGGAGAGGCGAGAUUUAGGCGAGAGAGAAAGAAAUGGAGAGAGGAGAGCUUUACCAGCACCUACUGUAGAUGCCGGGGGCAGCGUCUACUGUGUUCCUCGGGCGUGCGCGUGUGCCUCAUGGGUGGUUAAUGCGCGGCUGUCCCGUGCCAGGCACAACGAAAGUUGUCCAGAUAAUGACCCUUUAGCAAGCCUUU